GCCAGGUCCCCAGUUAACUUGUCGGACUUAUAUAGCUUUUAAAUUACCUAUUUAAUAAUUAUGACUAUAAGUAAUAAUUACUAAUUUAAUUUUUAAAACAAUUUGGUGACGGACUGUUGUCUCGUGUAUAAGUAUGAAAAUAAAUUAAUUUCAAUUAAAAUAUUGUAUAAGUAAUUCAGUUAUUGUAAUUCCAGAAAUUAAAACUUCUUACAUUAACGAACUUACUUAUUACAGAUCACUUUCUAAAAUCAAUAAUUAUUGUUAGUGAAAAGUGCUGUAUUAAACUUAAAUUCUGUUUGAAAAUAAUAAUUUUUUGUGUUUAUUACUAUUAGUUAUGAGCGACAAAGAAAGUAACGUGUCCCAGAAUGAAUGUGAAGCACCUCCUACACAGCACACCUCUGUAGUUGCUUCACAUUAUAAUAAUUUAAAAGAUAAAGGGUUAAAGGAAAGGUACAACUCACCCAUUUUUUACUUAAGAAAUUUUAAUAAUUGGGUCAAGAGUGUUCUAAUAUCCGAAUAUAUAUCGAAGAUAAAGGAAAAGGAUUAUUGUCGGCAUUUGAAAGUUCUAGAUAUUUGUUGUGGUAAAGGUGGAGACAUAGCCAAAUGGCAGAAGUCAUUUGUAGAUCAUGUCGUAUUUGCAGAUAUAGCAGACGUGUCAAUAAAGCAGUGUCAGGCUAGAUAUGAGGCAUUGAACCCUCGCCAAAGUAAAAUUUUUACUGCUGAAUUUAUUGCAGCUGAUUGCACUAAAAUUUGUCUCAGGGAGAAGUAUCAUGAUCCCUCGAUAAGAUUUGAUUUGGUGAGCUGUCAGUUUGGGUUUCACUACAGUUUUGAAAGUCUAACUCAAGCAAGAAGAAUGUUGAUGAACAUAUCUGAAUGCCUCAGGCCUGGUGGAUAUUUCAUUGGAACAAUUCCAAAUGCAAACGAAAUUGUUGCUCGUGCACAAAAGUCACCUAACAUGCAGUUUGGUAACAAGGUUUACAACAUAAAGUUGUUAUUUGAUCCUAAAGAUGGAUAUCCAUUGUUUGGAGCCAAGUAUGACUUCCAAUUAGAAGGUGUCGUUGAUUGCCCAGAGUUUUUAGUUUAUACAAAAGUAUUUUAUGAAUUAGCUCGUGAAUAUGAUUUAGAAGUAGUAUAUGAAGCUGGCUUUGAACAGUUUUAUAAGGACCAUUUAAAUGAUCAUAGACAAUUGUUGAGUAAGAUAUCCUCAUUAGAGAGUUAUCCGGCACCACCUGGAAAGGAAUUGCUAGGGGAUGAAGAGACUGACUAUGACCAUGUUAAAACAUUUUUAGAAGAUGAACACAGGAAAAAUCAAAAUCAUAAAGUUGGAACUAUGGCAAAGUCUCAAUGGGAAGUAGCAAAUAUAUAUAUGGUAUUUGCAAUGCAAAAACUCAAGAAAACAAAUGUCGAAAAUGGUGCUGGAGUUUGAUUGAUGAUUAAACUGAUAUUUUUUAUGUAUUUUUAAUGUAUAAGUGGUUAAAGCUGAUGGACAAUUAGUUGAGGAGUAGAGAAAAUGGAUAAUCAGCCUGGACAUACUACCCACAGGAGAUUGGAUUUUGACUUGUUGCCUCAUUACAACUAGCAGUUGAAAUUUAUUUUUUUACAUUAAUUAUAACGUGGGCUACAUUAGAUAAGCUUAACAACACAGUGAUCCAGCUUAAUAUGCUCGAACUAGUUAUUAUUACUGUUUGUAUUGAUAGUGUUUCCUGUUAUAUUUUGCGAAUGACGAGUAUUUAUUAAUAAACUCUGCUAUAUAAAGUGGGCUUCAUGACCAAACAAGGUCACAGACAGAAAUGAAGAAAUUUGUUAUCGUUCACCGCAAAGAACACUGUUGAUAUAUCUUAAACAAAAAAUACACACACAAUAUAUACAACAAAGGGUUGGUUAAAAGACAAACAAACGAAAGUUUUAUAUUAUUUUGGUUAAUGGUUAUAGAAUGAACAUAGAAUAUAAACAAAAGGGGAAUUUACAAAGGAGAGUAAUGAUUUGAAAUCAGUGGGGCGAGGGAUCUCAGGAGGAAGGAGAUCAUGGAUGGAAGAAGACAGUUGGAGAUAACCGAAAAAUGUAAAAUGAUAACUGACAGCUGUCUCUUAUAUGCAGCUUUGGCAAAUGAACACACAUGCCCGAGCCAUGAAGUAGUUAUUUACCUGUUAAUUAAUCUUCAACACCUGUUUUUUUAAAAACCUACCUAGAAACUACUAGAAACCUACUUUCACUCUUUUUGUAACUCUAACUACU